AUGGCAUCUAACGGUACCGGUGUCCUUGCAGCCGAAGCACGCCCUUCCUCUCGCUCGACACCGUCUCCCCCUCCGCCCGAUUCUGCGGCAGUCGCAGACUCCGUCGCGGACCCCGUCGCAAGGCUGCCCAAGCGACAGCGCGAGUCUGAUACCCUCUCACCGCGCUCGCCGACCGCGCAGAACUCUGGCAUCUUUGCGUCGCCUGCCAAGUCUGCUCGCCUGGCCCUCGCGGCAGCCAGAGCUUCCCCGCCGCCUCUGACGGCAGCCGCAGCACUCGAGGACGAGCGCCGACAACGCAACGAGGAGCGCACUACUGCUCCUGGACCUACCAGCCCCAACCCGAGCCACGGCGCCCUCGAAUCCCUCAUGUCGGGCGCGACGCAAGCCAUGAGCCGCCCUGCAGACGCGCCACAGAUCGCGCCUACAGCCAACAUGGACCCGGCCGUCAAGGCCGUUACGGCGCUGUCAAUACCAACUGGGAGUGCCGUACGCGCCGACGACAAUGGCGAGACGAGCCCGCAGAGCGCCACCAGUAUGGGUGCCGUGCCCGUCACCGAGAGCCCUACGCCUAUGGAAAUUGACAGCAACAAGGCGGACCAUCUUUCAGCACAGCAGGUAGCUGUGCAGGAUGAUCGCCCACAGCAGCCGGGAUCCUUGUCGUAUCCGGGAUCGCUACAGGCAACGGGCGCCGUGCCAGAGCAGGUUGCGCGGGGCAUGAGCUUUCCCAUGCCGUCUCAGACACAAGGGUCCCCGACUUCUGGGACCGGCAAGAAGCACAAGUGCCCGUACUGCAACACAGAGUUCACGCGCCACCACAAUCUUAAGAGUCAUUUGUUGACACAUAGUCAGGAGAAGCCGUACGUCUGCACAGACUGUCAGAUGCGCUUCCGGCGACUCCAUGACCUUAAAAGGCACGGUAAGCUGCACACGGGUGAGAAGCCGCACAUUUGCCCCAAAUGCGACCGCAAGUUCGCGAGAGGAGAUGCCCUGGCACGGCACAGCAAGGGUGCUGGUGGUUGUGCGGGAAGGCGAGCUAGCAUGGGAAGCUUUGCCGAUGGCGACGAAUUGGACGGUGGCAUGGGCGAAGGCGAUGAGUCCGCGCUAUCGGGCAUGCCUUACGACAAUGGAGACGACGAAGAGUUGAGAAGGCAGAGCCUACCCAGCAUGGGAACUCAGCCGUCUGGAUCGGGUGAUGGAUACGGCGCACAUGCCCGUACGUAUCCGCCCGCCGGGCCGCGGCCAGCACCCGGCGGCCUCUAUCCCCCCAAUAUGGGCCCGAGCCAGGCGACAGGCACGGCGACCAACAGCACCUCGAGUAUCCCUAAUAGCAUGGCAAGCAGCCACACUGCCAACACGAGCGUCUCAUCCGUCCCCGCGGCGGCGGGAAACUCAGGCAUGUAUUCCCAGUCCGGCAUGACGGAAAGUCCAAAGCCGCUGAGCCCCGGCGUACCAGGACACGAAGCGUCCGGCAGUGGACGGCAACGCUCUCCGAGUCUCACGCAGCAAUUUCAACAGCAGCAGCAACAGCAACAGCAACCACAGGGAGCGGGAAGGCGGGCAUCGGAGCUCCAGUCUCCGCACAGCGGGCAGCCUCGGCCUAAGCUGCCGGGACUGUCGCACCCGGGAUUCGCGGCGCCAAGCGGGGCGGGAUACGCUCAUGCGCGGGCGCCAAGCGGGACGCAAGUGGCCGGCGACAGCGGUAACAUGUUUGCGCAGAGCGACCCGAGCGUCUGGGCAUACAUCCAGACGAUGGAGGAGAAGUUCAAGUCGCUGACGGACAAGGUCUUGUCGCUGGAGGAAGAGGUAGCGGGCCUGAAGAAGGAGCUCGAGACCCGUGAGGGCGGCGCGACCGGGGCUACCGUGGCGACCGGGGCGACCACAUCGUGA